UUUUUUUCUUAGUUUUCGUUAUGUUAUUUCGUGCAUUUCACCGUAAACUCCACCGUACACUCCGUCUGCUCGGAACCGAUGCGAAAGUACCUCCGGUCGGUACGGAGAAGGUGAAAGAACUGCUGGAAAAUGCGGCAACCUUCGAGGACAUACAAUCUGACGAUAGAAAAGAUAACGAAUGGGCCACCCUUCCGUACGUAGCCGGUACCUACAUUAACCGCGACCAGUCCAAAAAAGCCAUUCGGCCCAAGGUAGACCCACGGGAAACCAACGUAAUUCUUUUCCCCGGUCAGGGCACGCAGUACGUAGGAAUGGGCUCGAAGUUGCUAAAGUUCCCCGGCGCCCGUGACAUCUUUGCCCUAGCGAACGAGGUGCUUGGAUACGAUCUGCUUAAAAUAUGCAUCGAAGGACCAAAGAGUAAGCUCGACCAAACGAAAUACUGUCAGCCCGCAGUGAUGGUAACAUCCCUGGCCGCACUCGAACAGCUACGCGAGGAGCGUCCGAAUGCAAUCGAAAAUUGUUUCGCAACGGCUGGCUUUAGUCUGGGUGAGCUGACCGCGCUCGUGUUCGCCGGUGCCAUACCCUUCGACAAGGGGCUACGGUUGGUGCAGAUCCGUGCAGAAGCCAUGCAACUUGCGAGCCAACAAUCGAAGGGUGGCAUGGCUACGGUACUGUUCGGAGCGGAUGGACGGAUAGGAGAAGCAUGCAAGGAAGCACAAAACUGGUGCAUCGAGAAGGGUAUCGAAAGUCCGGACUGCCGCGUAGCAAACUACCUCUACCCCGGUUGCAAGGUACUGGCCGGCAAUGAGGAAGCACUCCAAUUUCUAGAAGCAAAUGCGAAACGUUUCAACAUACGUCGAAUAAAGCGGUUGCCUGUUAGUGGUGCAUUCCACACGGAACUGAUGCAAUCGGCGGUCGAACCGUUCGCUGCAGCAUUGCGGAAAAUACGCAUCGAAGAUCCACUCAUCAGCGUGCACUCGAACGUGGACGGAAAGUGUUACAAGAAUGCGGGACACAUUGUCGGCCAGCUGCCGAAGCAGAUUGUGCGGCCGGUCAAGUGGGAACAAACGCUGCACAUCAUGUACGAACGGAAGCAGGGUGAACAUUUUCCCCGCACGUUCGAGUGCGGACCUGGACGAGGUUUGAAGGCGAUCCUGAAGCAGGUGAAUGCGAAGGCAUGGGACACGACGUUAAAUGUGGAAGCGUAGUCGACUGGGGACGAG